CCGGCGCCCAUGCUCUGCGCCUUCUGAGUUCUUCUGACUCAUUUCCGAGCUGAUCUAUCAGGCUACGGAUCUACAAUUCCUAGUACACCUCCCCCUGUAGGGACUAUAGUCAACCGGUGGCCUCAUGUGUAUCGCAUUCUGCGCCCUCGAUCAGCUAGGCUAUGCCCUAAUUAUCUGUACGAAUCGCGAUGAAUUUCUCGAUCGACCGACUAGCGCUAGCCACUUGCACUCCUUUGACCAGCAUCCUGACGGCACCACCGGCAAUCCCGUCCUCUCGGGCAGAGACGAGAAAGCUGGUGGGACCUGGUUCGGCGUCAACCGUACUACGGGUCACGUUGCGCUCCUGACGAACAUCACGGAGCCGCCACAAAAGUUCACGUCUUCCCGUGGGAGCCUUGCGUCCGCUUUUUUGCUGUCGAACCGAGCAUCGGGUGAUGCGCCGCUGGCUGAGCAGGUGGCUCGUCUCAUUCCCAGCCAAGAACAAUACGCGGGAUUCAACCUGCUGCUCUUCGCACCCUCCGGCGCUUCUGAGACCCAUGGUUCGCUCUCCUUUGACGGGGCCCUCGUUACGAACAGUGGCGGGGGAGGUCCUAUCACGGCCCGACCCCUGUCAAGUGAAGAGCGGUGUGCAAUGGGCUGCUCCAAUGGCGUCGACGGCCACGGUGCCAACGAUUGGCCAAAAGUUCGCAUAGGCGUGACAGAGUUCCGGAAGAUCCUGCGAGAUUUUGGCGACGCGGCCACAGUUGAAGAAGGGGCACUGACAGAGAGCCUAUUCACACUAUUACAAUGGCGAUCUGACUCUCCCGUCACUGAACGCGCCCAACUUCGGAAUACGAUACAAGUUCUGCCGCUUGUGGACCCGUCCGCACGAAGCGCAGGUCCGUAUGGGACUCGACUCUCAACCGUACUCUUGGUCCGCAAGGACGGGCAGGCUCUAUUCGUGGAGCGUGACAUAUGGACGCUUCAGGAUGGGAAAGUCGUCAAAGCAGAUCCGUCGUCGCAGCGCGUGCACCGAUUCACUCUGGGCUGACAGGGACGCUUGGCGUGUCAUGAGAGGCGUUCACAUCCAAUAACAGCAGACGAUACAAUACUUGUACAGCAAUCGCACGUAUACG